AUGGCGGCUGAUCAGGUAGCAGUAGCAGCACACUUGGGUUUUCAGCAUAAACAAAUGAACAUGCCCUCCUUUCCACAUUCCAACAUUCAAAACCAAAACCAGAUCCUUGAUGAACACAAUGAAAUACGGAGAUCAGUAAUUCCCUCAGCCAGGAACAUGCUGAAGAUGGUGUGGAGUGAGCAAGCUGCCAAAAAUGCUCAGAAAUGGGCCAAUAAGUGUGGGAUGAAAAUCAGUCCAAGAGAUCAGAGAGUUAUUAAUGGUGUCACCUGUGGUGAGAAUGUAUUACUAUCAUCUCACCCAAGAACAUGGGCUGAAGCAAUUCAAGUCUGGCGCAGUCAGUCCUCCAAUUUCAAGUACGGAUUUGGAGCAACCUCGAAAAAUGUCAAUAUCAAGAGCUAUACUCAGCUAAUCUGGUACAACAGUUACCAGAUUGGAUGUGGAGUUGCCUAUUGUCCUAGGAACCAGUUCCACUACUUUUAUGUUUGCCAAUAUUGUCCUCCAGGAAAUAACGCAAUGCAAAUAGCUACACCUUACAAAAGCGGACCAAGAUGUGCAGACUGUCCCGGCCACUGUGACAGAGGGCUUUGCAGUAAGUGA